AUGUCAUCUACUCAUCAAACUCGUGAAUCACAAGGCUCGCGCCCUACAUCGCCUGUUCAACCUACCGAUACUGCUUCAACGACGGCAAAUCUACUCAAGGAAGAGCAGCCCUAUUCGAGGGAUCCUUUUGCUCCUAACUACCGCUACUUAGGGUUUACUGAGCAGCAGAAAGCCGGAUGGGUGGAAGAGUGGCCGUUCCCGCUCGUUCCUAACUACUGGGAGAUUAUUGGGUCAGUUGAGCAUGCUGAAUACAGUCGAACUAAAGAUCAGCUUGAUGUGCUGCUUCGCGAGCGCGGGUUAUACGAACAUUUUUAUGAGAUUUUGUAUGGCCCGUUCAAGAGCGCAGGAGACGAUAAGACGGAAGCGUUAGAACCACAAACUCGAGACAGGGUUGCAGAAGCUAGAGAAUAUCUCAAAACCGCUGGCGAUUCAGAGCCAUUAUUAUGGAGGGCGGAGGAGGUGUGGCGAUUGAACAAAUGGAGGCAGCCAGUGAAUAGAGGCGAUGUGAAGGUAGAGAAACUACUUGAGGUUGGAGAUGUGAUAGGAUAUAACUGGAUUCGGAUGCUGCAGGGCAUUCAUGACUGGGUAAAAUACCGUGAAGGAGUAGCUACAGCAGGGGAGGAUACAAGGAAAGAACAGAAAUCGGGCGGCUAG